UUGUCUGAUUACCGAUUUCAUCGACCCGGUUACAACUAGCAUGGCGACAUCUAAGGCGUCACGUGAGCUACUUACAGACGGAAUUCGGGCGGUUCUUCACACAUGGCCGGUUUUACAGAUUGCUGUGGACAACGGCUUCGGAGGCAUCUACGGCCAGCAGAAGGCCGAGUGGAUGGUGGAUGUCAUUCAGCAGUAUUUCUACGACAACACUGACCUGCAGCAGUAUGAGGUUGAGGACUUCCUGUCUGAGCUGAUGGAUCAAGAGUUCAACACCAUGGUGGAGGAUGGGAGUUUGCCCCAGGUGUCGCUUGAUCUGCUGCAGGUGUUUGGUCUGUGGCAGCAGGGGGCGCUGCAACAGCUUCAACAGAAGGUUACCACAUUAACUCAAAACAGGUCGCAGAGGGCAAAGGUCACGGCUCCACCUACUGAGUCUGAUGAGAGCACUGAUGAAGCUCCGGCAAUGGAGUGUGACGAGUCCACCCCAUCAGGCAGCUCAACCCCUCAUCCCCCACAGGACACCGAGGACAGCUGGACGCUGGUCAGGAGGAAGAAGUGAGAACAUGAAGAGCAGAACUGGAACCGUAUUAACUGGACUUAAUGGUUCCAGCUGCUCACAUCUGCAGAAACUGCAUGUUCAAGCGUGAGCUGCUGUGUGAAGACAAGUCCAUUCAGGAAUCUGGUGGAGCUUGACCAGGGGUCGACUGGAGUCGGAGCAUCAUGGCCGAUUCACACGGGUCAGGGUUAACCUAACCAAGGCUGAUGGGUAAGGGUUAACCCUAACCAACCACAAAUGUUUCAGCGUGUAGAAAUAAACCUUUUGGAAUCCUGAUGUUUAAA